UAAGAGGACUCCGCUUUCCUCCGGCGCUCCCUGCCUCGCCAUGGCGAGGGAAGAAACAAACAGAAGGGGACGGGCCCCGCUAGGAGCCCUGAACGCGUCUCUCCGUUAGACGGCAGCCGGGGACUUCUGGCUGAUCUCGGGCCGGUCGGGCUUUCUCUCCGUGCCGGUGGAGCGGCCGACGCUGUCCGCGCAGAAAAGCGAUGAGAAGAGCCACAACGGCGGGCUCGUUGACACCGAAGACCUCAGCUGGAGGAGGGGAAGAAGAAGAAGAAGCAGCAGCAGCCGGCGGAGAUCCGGUGGCCGCUCGCUGCUCUGCGCCGUUUUCCUCCGCUGAAACGGAUGGACGCUGACCCGUAAGCGUCUGCUUCCACCACAACGCCGGUUUUCUUCCUGUUCAUCAACAACAACAACAAAAAGUGCAGGAAGAUGUUGACAGGAUCCAGAACCACGUUCAAAGUGAGGCAGAUGCUGCCGGACCUGAAGGAGAGGAUGCUGAGCCAGAGUAGCACCAGCGCCAGGAGUCGAGACGUGUUUGGGCUCCGGUGUCUGCCAGGUGAAUGUGUCCUCCAGAGGACUGCCAUGGUGAGGAAGAAGCUGACGGCCAGGGAAGGCAGGGGCUGGCUCUCUGGUACCCUCUUCUGUACCCACUUCAGGGUGGCAUUUGUUCCCCAGGACAAUCCCAAAACUGACGACAAUGCUGACCCAAUCCUGCUGGGGGAUCACGACAUCGCUCUGCCGUCCAUAGAGAAAGUGGUGGCCGUCGGACCGAACAGGACCAAGCUGGUGACCCCAAACUCCUCCCUGAAGUUCACCCCUGAGGAGCUGGUGCUUUACUGCCGGGACAUGCGGGUCAUGUGCUUCCUGUUUGACCGGCUGACUCCUGACGCACAGGUCAUAGAGAUAACCUACACCAUCGCCAAGACCUACCAGCCUCUCAAACCCGAGUCUGUCUUAUCUUUCCAGAACGCCGCCCUGGGGAGUGUAGAAAUGAAGCAGUUCCUAAGCAACCGCCGCCGAGACUCCCACAUGAACUGGUUUGAGUCGGCCUCGGACUGGGAGCAGGAGCUGGAGAGGUGUGGGGCCACGAGCUGGAGGGUCAGCUCCGUCAACGACCGCUUCGAAAUGUCCACCAGCCUGUCGAAGUUCAUCGUGGUUCCUCACAAGGUUUUGGACACGGAGCUGAAGAAGAGUUUUGCCCACUUCAACGAAGGACGGAUCCCGCGCUGGUGCUGGAGGCAUCCCAGAGGCAGCGAUCUGCUGCGCAUGUCCAGCUUUCAGAACAACAUCUACCACGAGAAAGACGACCUCAGGAACCUGGAGAUGGUCCUGUUUGGCUGUCAGUCGUCUCUGUGCGUGGUGGUGGAGCUGGGCGAGGAGCUGCCGUCGCCUCCCGACAUCCAGCUGGCACACAGCCGUCUGCGAGCCCUUUGUCUGGGAGACAUCUCCACGUCUGUGUCUGUGCCUGAUGACAAAUGGUUAUCCACGCUGGAGAGCACCCACUGGUUGGACUACAUCAGGUCCUGUCUGAGGAAAGCUUCGGAGGUCUCCUGUUUGCUGCGCAGCGGUCACCUGACUGUGGCCCUGCAGGAGGUGGAGGACCGGGACAUGAGCUGCGUGGUGUCCAGCCUGGUCCAGGUGAUGUGUGACCCCCACUGUCGGACCCAGCACGGCUUCCAGGGCCUGGUGCAGAAGGAGUGGGUGAUGGCCGGCCACCGCUUCUGCAGCCGCGUCAACUACCACCGAGACAGCGACAAGGAGGAGGCCCCGGUCUUCCUGCUCUUCCUGGACUGCGUGUGGCACCUGUGGUCUCAGUUCCCGUCCCGUUUCCAGCUGACAGACGACUUCCUGUUGGCCCUGCACGACAGCGUCCACCUGCCGCUCUUCUCCACCUUCCUGUCCAACUGCCAGCGGGAGAGAUGCAAACGUUCCCAGAACGUGGGCCAGUCCUACACGCCUGUCAACGGUUGGAGGGACAUGCUGAGUCCCGACUCUUCCUCGGACCCUUCAGACCCUCCUCUGCCUCCGGUUUGGGACUGGGCCCUGCAGUACAGCCGGGAGCGACAGGAUGGCUUCAGCCAACCCGUCUGUGCGGCGCGGCCGCUGCAGCCGCUGCUGAACGGAAACCUUAACACCAACCUGGACUCGCACAGGCUGGCCGACACCAUCCCGGGCUCGGUGUUCUUGCUCUCCAGAGGUACCUUCACCUGCCCCGCCAACCUGCCUCCCUGGCGCAGCGGCAGUUCGGGCGUUUACAAGAAGAGCCACCGGAGGGCGCUGUCCUCAGAGAACGUGCCUGGCCUGGAGAGGCUGCUGAAAGCCUGGGCCCUGACCGAGCUUCCCCAGAACAUCCCCGCCACCUCUGGACCGAAGGGACCUCUGGAUCCAUACGAGCCCCUGCAGCCCCUUCUGAUGGCUCCGUGCAUGAGCCUGUGGAGGGAGUGCUACCUGCGGGGGGCGCUGCAUGCCCAGGCCUUCUCCCACCCCGUCUCGGCCAACCGGCCCCACCCGGUGGACCGCCUCGCUCAGGAGGUGCAGCGGCUCAAAGACCAGCUAACCCAGGUCUCCACCAGCAGGAGUCCCGACCCGCUCACCGUGACAGCCGAGCCCCAGCGGACCGACGCCAACCUGAACCAGAGCUCCAACAACAGCACCUUCCUUUACUCGGCACUCAAGCGCAGAGCGACCCCCCCGCCUACCUCCACCAACCAGCACACCUCCAGGGGCCCCUCCUCUGCCUCGGCACCGCCGCCCAGGCCUACAGACCGAGACGGCAACAAGCACUCCUUCCUGUUCGGACACUCCGCAGCAGGAGAAGCUCGGUCGGACCCUCGAUACCAUCCACCACCCAGUACCACCAAGCUGCCUAAGAGCAACGGGCCGUCGCUGACUUCCUGAGAUCGGUUCCCGACUGUUUUCUCCUCCUGGGCCGACACCUUUAAAACCCGUAUGAGACUGAGAUUUUCCUCAGUGCUGCCCACAUACGUGAUGACGGGCCUAAAACGACACGAACUGAUGUUUGAAGUAAAGAGUGGAAGAGCUUCUGACUCCUCCUCGGUGUCUGUGCUGUACAGAAAUGCAACAACAGUUUUGUACCUUUGCUGAAAUGAAAUCAGACUCAACAGAAAUGCAAAAAAAAAAAAAAAAAAAAAU